CCCCGUCCUGCCCACUGACGUAAAUGUGAGCCGGUUUUUACAGGUCACCCACCGACCGCUGACAGCUUUACCGGGCCGGUACAUGAACGGGAGCACACCGGGAUCACCAUCACCACCGUCUUCACCUUUGAACGUGAUUUUUUACAAACAGACAUUUAUAACCCGAGUAUGGUGGCUGUUUAGAGGAGGAAAAAGAUGGCACAGAAAGACACACUGCUGCAUCUGUUCGCUGGGGGAUGUAGUGGUACGGUGGGAGCCAUCGUGACCUGCCCCCUGGAAGUGUUGAAGACCAGGUUGCAGUCCUCUGGCCUCACCCUCCGACCUGUCUUCCAGGUCCAGCUGGGCACACUAAGCGGCACUGGGGUUAUCCGACCAGGCACUGUUACACCAGGGUUGCUGCAGGUCCUACGAUCAAUUCUAGAAAAAGAGGGACCAAGAUCACUUUUCCGUGGCCUAGGUCCAAAUCUUGUUGGCGUUGCCCCCUCAAGAGCCAUUUACUUUGCUGCAUACUCGAAAUCUAAAGAGCUGUUCAAUGGACUGUUUGUGCCUAAUAGUGGAAUGGUGCACAUGUCAUCUGCUGGUGUUGCAGCUUUUGUUACUAACUCUCUGAUGAACCCCAUCUGGAUGGUCAAGACCAGGAUGCAGCUGGAGAAAAAAGCCAGAGGAGAGAAGAAGAUGAACGCACUGCAGUGCGCCCGCUAUGUUUACAAAACGGAAGGGAUUCGUGGCUUCUACAGAGGCCUGACUGCGUCCUAUGCCGGCAUCUCGGAGACCAUGAUCUGCUUCCUCAUCUACGAGACACUGAAGAAAAACCUUGCAAAGAGCCAAUUCACCUCCUCGAACGGUGAAAAGGAGAAAGGGGCAUCAGACUUCCUGAGUCUGAUGAUGGCAGCUGCUUUUUCAAAGGGUUGUGCGUCCUGCAUAGCCUAUCCACACGAGGUCAUUCGGACAAGACUGCGCGAGGAAGGCAGCAAGUACAAGUAUUUCUUCCAGACAGGGAGGUUAAUAGUGGUGGAGGAGGGCUAUGCAGCUUUUUAUAGAGGACUCAUUCCACAGCUAAUUAGACAGAUCCCCAACACAGCCAUCGUCCUCUCCACGUAUGAACUCAUUGUCCAUCUGCUGGGAGAGAAGAGAAGAAAUGCUUGAAUGUCAGGAUGUUCCUGACAAACGCUGGAUGCCACAGAAAACCCAAUGGGGGGGCAAGAGACUUUAAAAAAAAGCAGCACAUAUAUAUUUUUUUUAAAUGUGGUGCUACGGAGACUUUAUGGUGGAACUGAAGCAAGUUGUACUGUUAUCCAAAGAGCUACACGCAUUAUUUUAUUGAAAGCUUGUCAUUAUAGUUAGGAGUUAUAGGAGUUUAUAAUAAUAACUUAAGAAGUCAAGGUACUUUUUAUUGAAGCUCCAAACCUGUGAAAAAAAGGUCAUCUUCUUAGAGGACUAGUGUUAAGUUAACUAAAUUAUUUUAUGUUUUGUUAUUUUAUGACAGUGUUCGUUUUCUUUUAUCAGUGGUAAAUGUACACAUGACUGCAGGUUGACUUAUUUAGGUAAUAAUGGAAAGUAAUUCACAUAAAGUGCUAGUAAUAGUGCUGCUCCUUGCAAUGUAAUGACUACACAGAUCAUUUUGAAAUUUUUGUUUCACAAAUACAAUGUGCUGGUUUUGGAGUUUGAAUUACAGAGAGAUUUAUCAUAUUUUUCAUUAAUAUAUAUAUACAUAUAUAUUAUACAGGCUUAUCUGUAUGUUUUCUUUGUGAAAAAGACAGUCACCUUUUACAAUAUAAUGAGAACUCAGAUGCUUAUUUGACCAGUGGUUCAAUAAAAUGCAUCAACAAACUAAAACAGUUGGUGGUCGACGGUAAUGCUGAAGAAAUUAUUCUGUUCAUACCAAAAUCUACUUUUUAUUGUAUUGUAAGCACACGGGUGGAGCAGGGAUGUUGCACUGGAAAGAUGAAGCUCAGUAACUGACAAAUCAAAAAAUAUGUCAGGGACAAGGUGGCUGGUUCUGAAUAUGCUGAUAAAUUCAGUAAAGAUGUGGCUGAAAAUGUCACUGAGAGGUAAAAGUGUCGUCUGUCAGCGUCUGUAAGCGUCAGCAUUAUCACUAAAGUACAGUACAGACUCUCCUUUGUGGACUUUAAACACAAGCUAGUCAACAAGAUGUCUUUUCUGAUCGUUUUAUUCUGUGUAAUAUUAAUAGUUACUUUUUUCACCUACAGUUGCACACAUCUGGAAACAAGUCUUCCACAUUUCUGUCCAUCAUCCCUAUAAAAAGUAUUUACCCUUUUGGACGUUUUCAUGCUUGAUUGAAGCACAGAUUUUCUCUGACCCUGAUCAACAUUAAACAUGAAAGUGUCCACAUGGACCUAGACACUGCAAUUUGUCACCAUUCUUUGUAUAAACCAACACAGUCUGUCAAGUAGCAUGGGGACCACGAGGCAAUUUUCAUAGCUACACACCACAAAUUAUGGAUUUUAUUGAGGUCUAGACACUUUUCAGGACUCUUUUUUUGGGACUAGCUUGGAAAGUUCUUUUUCAGACUGAAGCAGGUUUUCAGGAUUUGUUUGUGUUUUGCUGAAGUCAUUUUAACCCAAGCCUUCCAGGCCAGCAUGUACGCAAAGGAGGUACUACAGUAAUAUGAUGCAAA